GGUCACUCUAAUAUUUUGGAGUCACCGACGAUGAUGAUCCUCGCCGUUCCGUGCUCUUUUGCUUUCCGCGACUACGAUCACCUGUCAUUCCUACAACCAGAUUUCUGCUCAGACCACACGUACUUUCGAAAGUUCCCCAAAAGUCUGUUAGAACAUUCAGCUCAGUCAGAAUGUCUGCGGAAAACGCAAAGUUUGUUGUGAAAAACCUCUUCAACGUCGAGGGCUGGGUCUGCGUCGUGACAGGCGGUGGAUCAGGGAUCGGCCUCAUGAUUGCACAAGCAUUCGCCAACAACGGGGCCAAAGUCUACAUCACGUCGCGCCGCCAGGACGUCCUUGAACACGCCGCAAAACAAUGGGGCUCUUCCCUCGCUCAUCCGAAGGGGAAACUUAUUCCUGUUACUUGUGACGUUAUGUCGAAAGAAUCGAUCAAACAAUUGGUCCAGGAGAUCACCAAGAACGAAGACCACAUUGACCUACUCGUGAACAAUGCUGGCAUCAGCGAAGGCAAGAGCGCCGUCGAGAAGGGUGAUGAGAGUGCCAAUGAUCUCUCAACGGAGCUUUUUGGUGAGGACCAAGCCAGCUGGGAGAACGUCUACAGGACCAACGUCAUUGGCUGUUUCUUCACGACUACCGCAUUUUUGCCCCUUCUCCACGCAUCUUCACUUGGCAAGUCACAACACACUGGCUCCGUCAUCAAUAUCACCUCCGUUUCCGGUAUCACUCGUACUACGCAGCGCCACUACAAGUACAAUGUCUCAAAGGCGGCCGCCAUCCACUUGAGCACUUUGCUUGCGCAAGAAUUCAGGAGAAAGGCCGUUCAAGUCAGAGUGAAUAAUAUCGCACCUGGGAUUUUCCCUUCUGAAAUGACAACUGGUAGCUCUGAUGAACUCAAUAAAUCGCAGAUUCCGGUAGCUGAGGACUACGGGGAAAAGAAAGGAAUACCUGCAGGCCGUCCUGGGCGUGACGAAGAUAUCGCACAAGCUGCUUUGUUGCUGGCCUGUAACCAGUAUGCUUAUGGACAGACCCUUGCCAUUGAUGGCGGGUAUCUCCUCGAACACCCUUAAAUCACCGUGACGCUUUCUCGUUUCCGUUUGUAUUCUCUGCACCCCACAUGUAUCGUUAUUCUUAAGCAGCUUUGUGUUGAAUGCCAAAUUGUAGCCCCACUGUACGCAAUAGAUCGUCAACGAUUAUG